AUGGAUCAACUCCUCGAGCAAGCCCGCUCAAUCUACGAGGGCGAAAUCGACUUUGAAGGUCAGCGACUCGCCGAAUACCUCACAUACGGACUGCUGUCCUUCGUCGGCGCACUCGCCUUCCUCGUCGGAUUCAUCAAACAAGACAUCUACCAAAUCAUCUACAUUGGUCUCGGCGGCACCGUCCUCACAUUCCUCGCCGUCGUUCCUCCGUGGCCUUACUUCAACAAGCACCCUCUGGCUUGGCUGCCACCAAGAUCGGGGAAUGGCUCUCUGCAGGCGUUCGACAUCCAGGUGGAUGGGAAGAAAGUGAGCUGA